AUGACUUCGCAACUUCUUCAAGUCCCACGAGAGAUUCGAGAUAUCAUUUAUGAAUAUGUACUUGUGCGCAACAUCAUACACGUCGAACGGGCUGCGGCUACUGUUCCCGAAACCACGGCAAAGCAAAGUCCUGAAUUCUAUAGACAACUCACGCAAUCGUACCCCUUGACACACACACGCUCCCAUCGCCGAGUUUGGGCAAUACCGCGAUUUGAUCUUGGUCUGCCGUCUUUUAAAGACGAUCCAGAACUCCCUCCAAGCCAUGUUCAGAUGACGUAUCAAAUCACACGCCAAUGCAAUUUACCCUUCGGACACCGAAUCGGCAUCCGUCUGCUCCAAACUUGUCAACAAAUCUAUCGCGAGGCCAGAGAGAUAUUUUACAGCAAAAACGUAUUCAGUUUCAGGACAGUAGAGUGCAUCCCAACUGCAUUCGCAUUCCUCUGCGACCGGCCUGCAGAGUCGCUCAGGCUUAUCUCGUCCAUGGAAAUUACCUUAGGAGAGGGAACGAAUUUGAGAGGCACAACUGAAGCCCACUAUCCCGUAGUCGCCAGGUCCACAGAUUCGGUGGUACUGCGGUACGUUUACAACCACUUUACCAACCUGUGUACCUUGCUCUCAACUUCGCGCAUGCAGUUGCGGAAGCUUACCCUUGUUAUCGACAGCUUACAUCAGUUCUAUAGGCCCGUGUUCCCUUCGCCUACAGAUUGUAUCAAAUGGGAAACACAAAGGAUGAGUGGUCCACGUCCAUGGGUGGCUCCCUGGGUUGAACCGCUGUUCAAAGUAGAGAACCUCGAGUGCUUGGAAAUACAUUGGAUUCUCGAUCGACCCGAGAUUUGCAGAAUGGCAGACACGCUCUCACUGAUGAAAGAGCAAAUGCUUGCGCCAAAAGGCUCUCGGCGACGCGGUCGGUCCGACUGUUUCUGCGAUCCCAGGUUUAACUUCCGGAUCAACUACCAGGUCAUCACGCAGGAACGAACGUCCAUCUGUUGCGAGCUGUCUCGAGACGACCUGCUUCAUAGCGAUGAGAGCGACGGUAACGACAGCGAACACAGUAGGAAGCUACGAUCGAGUGAAGAAAAGCUGACUGCGGCAUGGCGGCAACACAUGCAACGUAUUUUUGAGGCUUCCGGCUGUCUAUAG